GGCAGCGCACACUGUACACAGCGGGGAUGGGGCGCCUGUCACGUACAGAGGAGAGAGCCGGGUAGGACCUGGAAACCUCCCAGCUCCUCAUAGACAGCUUCAGCCACCGGAUAGCAGGCUGCUGCUGCUUCUCUCCCCAGACCAGGGGCGAUCCUCGGGCAGGCCGGACUGGAGACUGCUGGGCAAUAUGGAAGGCUCCUUGCAACUAUUGGAUGCGGAAAUGAAAAAAGACUGUACCUUAAAGAUUCCAGAAGUGUCAAGUGUGGAUUGUUCCAGACAUUCUGACAAAAUUCCUCCAGUGAAGCCAUGUUUCAAAAAGAAACCGGCCCAAAAAAUCUUAAACCCUGAAACCCUUCAAGCUUUGCGGCCAAUCUUUACUAGUUUUUUAGGAUCUGGGACUCUUAAUGGAAUAUUUGUAUCCAAUGAUCAGGCUGGGAACGCUAGUAACUUAUGUGAACCCCUUGUCAAGAAGGCACUAGACCUUGACCAACAUUGCCCUCAGAACAGUGCACUAAUAUCUGGGGAUCCCAGUCUUAGGCCGGUGGCGGAGCACACGACAUCCGUUCACACAAGCCAAGAUCUUGAUGAAGACCAGUCCAAUGCGAUGGAGAGCCCAGAGCCGACAUUUCCAUCCGAAAGCACUAGUGGAACCGUUCCUACCACUGCCAACAGCUCCUUCCAGGAUCCUCUCAUACAGACAAAUUCUAGUGAUUCUACCAACGCCACCUCCUUGGACAAGAUGUUAGAGAGUUACUCAUCCGGGUUAUUCCAGGACACCAGCUGUCUGGACCAAUACAAUGUGAGCCAAAACAAUAACGCUGGGAUAUUUGAGGACAAAACCGAGGAGGCGUCUCUACUUCUUGUGUUUGAACUUCUAAAUCAGCUGCAAUACCACGUCCAUCAGAAAGACGGGGUGGACAUUUGUGUUGAGUUUUUACAAGGUUUGUGUUUUUAUGGUAAAGAUUGCCAAAAACAUCACACGGUGUUGCCCUAUCAUUGGCAAGUGAGAAGGAGAGCCACGGGCGUAUGGCAAAGUGUAAUGGACGAUUCGCAGGAACAUAUGGAAAGACUGUACUGUAGCCCUGAUAGCGACCGGAUUAAAAUGCGAUAUCAGGGACAUGAUUUUUUAGUAAAUUUGGACUCCAUGACCAUUUAUGAAAGUCUUGAAUUUGACCAAAUCCGACGACUGUCUACUCCUUCUACCUCUGGCGCUGCCUCAAAUUACCACACAGUUUGGAAAUACUAUUGCAGAGAUCACUUUGGGUGGCGCGAGUAUUCAGAGCCUGUUGUGAAGCUGAUAGAGGAAGCCAACUGCCGUGGCCUGAAGGAAGUCCGAUUUGUUACAUGGCACAACCAGUAUAUACUGAACAUAAAAGAUGGCUUCCAGCAGAACGCCUGUUUCAGGAAAGAAAUCAAGAGAAGGCCCUUGUUCCGGUCCUCUGUCAUGUUAUUGCCACAUCUCCAGACACUGAGUGGAGUAUCCCCAGCUGCCUCUGCAAUGGUCGACUCAGCAUCUCUGCAAGUCUUGUCUCCUGUUGCUAUCACAACCCCAAAUUUCUACCCUGAAACCUGGAUUACCAUGGACUCAUCUCAGGAGUUUGUCCAAGUGCCUAUGCCAAAGGAAGAUAAAAGUUACAGAACAGUUUAUACCUUAUUUCACAAAACCGUUCCCGAGACCAAGUUCAAAAUUUUAAAAAUAAUGCGAGUUCAGAACCUCUUCCUGUGGGAGAAAUACAAAAGGAAAAAAGAAUUCAUGGCCAGGAAGAUGACUGGACUGGACAGGAUCAUGAAUGAGAGACAUCUGUUUCACGGGACCUCCCAGGACGUCGUCGAUGGGAUUUGCAAACAUAACUUUGACCCCCGAGUUUGUGGGAAACAUGCCACCAUGUUUGGACAGGGUAGUUACUUUGCCAGGAAAUCAAGUUAUUCUCACAAUUUCUCCAAGAGGUCACAAAAAGGAGUUCACUACAUGUUCCUGGCAAAAGUAUUAACCGGAAGAUACGUUGUAGGGAAUCAUACCAUGAGGAGGCCUCCUCCACUCAACACAGGAGACAUAACCAGCGACCUUUAUGAUUCCUGUGUGGACAAUUUCUUUGAACCUCAGAUUUUUGUUAUAUUUAACGAUGACCAGAGCUACCCCUAUUUUAUUAUCCAGUAUGAAGAAGUUAGUAACACAGUUUCCAUCUAAAUGAAAGGAUGCUGCUACAGUCAGGCCUCAGAGUCCUUAUUUAAUACGACAAAGAGACUAAUAAUAAAGCCCUGAAACUUCCAAGCUCUGUGACAAUGACCAACAGUGCACUUGUUAAUAAUGUAUGUGCAUAUUGUAAAUAGUUUUCAUUGUUAACAGUUUGUGUGCCUUUUUGUUAAUAAAAAUGUUUUAUUUAUGUCAGUAAA